UGGCAUGAUGGAGAUGAGAACCUGGAUAGAGCCUGUGGUUGCUGCGGCUCAGCUCGCCAGCUCUUUCUACGACACUGGGCUUCUGUUGGUUGUGAAGAAUUACUACAACCACACUAACGUGUCCUCUGUAAAUGCCGGCGAAGGUGCACAACAGAAAGCCAUCUCCAACUUCUACAUCAUCUACAACCUCCUCCAAGGCCUGACCCCACUGCUGUCAGCUUAUGGGCUGGCUAGGCUGGGCGAUGUGAAGGACAGGAAGAUCUCCAUCUGCGUACCCCUCCUUGGCUAUUUACUCUCCCGAACCUUCCUGCUCCUUUUGAUCCUGCUGCCAUGGCCGAUCGAGGUGAUGUUUGGGGCAGCUGUCUUACAUGGUCUGAGUGGAGGGUUUACCACUUACUGGGCCAGUGUCAUGGCUGUGGCAUCUCUGGGCUCCUCGGAGAGUAGGAGAUCACUGCGCCUCAUUGUUAUUGAGCUCAUCUAUGGCAUAGCUGGCUUCCUGGGGAGCGUAGCAUCCGGACACCUCUUUGUCACUUUCCGCCUUGGUUACCAGCAGGGCACAGUGCUGGUUUCUUCCAGCAUUGCUUUAUAUGCUUUUUGUCUUUUCUACAGUCUGUUUGUCCUGACAGUCCCCAAACCUGCUGGUUCUCGCCCAACUGUUUCCACGGACACGGAGCAUCCCGACAGCAAGCCGGCUGAUGACAAAGGAGAUUUGGUCUUCCGAAAAAUGGAGCCUCCACACACUCUAGUACCUUCUAAGCUCAUCAUUGCCAUGCUCUUUGUGGGGGCCGUCGUGUAUGACUUAGCCGUGGCAGGAGCCAUAGAUGUGCUGCCACUCUUUUUGCUUAAAAAGCCCCUCAGCUGGGGACCAGAAUAUAUCGGAUAUUCCUAUGCUGCUGGCUACAUGGUCUUUAUCACCAGCUUCCUGGGUGUCUUUGUGUUCUCCAAGUUUUUAAGAGACACCACUAUGAUCAUGAUAGGGAUCCUGUCUUUUGCUGCAGGCAUCUUCAUCUUGGCUUUUGUGCGAUGGACAUACCUGUUUUACAUUGCUCGUGUUGUUAUGUUGUUUGCCCUCAUUCCGUUGCCAACCAUCAGAUCUGUGUUAUCCAAACAUGUAGAAGGUUCCUCUUAUGGGAAAGUGUUUGUUCUCCUGCAGCUGGCACUGGUGGUCACAGGGGUUGUGACAUCAACAAUCUUUAAUAAAAUCUAUCAAAGCACAUUGGACUGGUUCGGUGGGUUCUGCUUCCUCUUGGCUUGUGGCAUAAGUUGCUUAAGCCUCAUCCCUAUCAGUAUUGUGGCAUACAAGCAACACACCUCAUCUGAUUCAGUGGAGCUUUUAACUGACUGA